UCUGCCCCUCGCGCUGGGCGCGGGGCUUUGCAGCAGCGAGUGCCAGGCGGUCACCGUGUCCCUAGAAUGGGGGAGGGGUCGCGCCGCUGCCGCGCAGCGCGUUUGGGUGAUGUUCGUGGGGACCCCAGGGAAGCACCAGCGUGGCCUUGCUAGGGGCUGGGGCUGGAUCAAAACUUGGUGCCUUGUACUUUUUCCGCAGCCAGCUAGAUCCUGGGAGCCAAGGGCUCCAUGGCGCUCAGUGCUGCCCAGCCUAGAGAUGUAAAAUCCCGUUUCUUAGUUAACUGGAUACACGUUAUGUUUGACUGGCCCCACGGGGCCGCAGCAGCCCCGUACCUUCGGGUAAGCUCCGUAACCACUAAGCAUCACUGGUUAAUCAUUCUCACCGCUAGGGACUCCAGCCGUGGAGCAAGACAGGCCCCAAAGAGCCCACCAGGCGUGGGGUAGAUGGAUGUAGACCAGUGGCUCCAACUUUUUGAAGCAUAUGGACCCCUUUUCAAUCUAUUAGCAUUUUAUGGAAACCCACCCCCAGCAAUGUAGCUGUGCCUGCAUGUCCCUCAGCCCUCUCAGGAAGCAGUGUGAGCUGAGGGACUUGCUGGCUGCCAGCGCAUAAGUCCUUCAACCCCGUACUUACCGCUUCGCGAGAAGCAGUGCAGGUUGAAGGACAUGCUGGCUGGAAGAGGCUCCAUGCAUUUAUUUUAAUUUCAAUUUUAAACUUUCCUUGGACCACCCCCGUCUCCUCCAAGUACAAUCCCAGAAUGCUGGACCACAGGUUGGGAGCCACUGAUUUAGACAGACUCCUAGCUUCCAAGGCCAGGAACACAUGACUGCCGAGUAGUGGCUCCCAUUGCAAUUAGAGCACAGCUUUAGGGGAAAAAAACCCCAAUCCUGACUUCAGAACGGUCUGCCAUAGAGAAUAUUUUGUCAAUGCCUGUGAAAGAGUCAACAGUGUUAUGGCUCUCCUGGGAUGAAGGGAGCUACAGAUUGGGUCUGGCUGGGGAACAGUGAGGAGAAAAUUUUUGCUUCUGGAUUGACAGUGAAAGAAGGCAGUUUUCAAAAUGUACUUAAAAUGGGUAGUACUUGGGAAAUUGUUCUAACAUUUAAUUAAUUACUCUCCCAGUAAUUUAUACUUCAUUUCCAGCUUAAAUUAGUGUGGCUUCCAUUCCAUUGGAUUGUAUUAUACCAGUUGUGGGCAACAUGUGUCCCGCAACACCUUUUGUUUGCUGUUGCCCCUACAUAGGGUUGUCAGACUUUGCCGAUUUUCAUCCGUAGUUUUUUUCCUACUGGUAUUACUAAAGUGGAAUGCAUGUAAAGCAAGGGCAUAUGAAAUGAGGUGUGUGAUGAUUGUACACAGCAUUGAAAGCAAUGUGCUCCCUCUGCAUGCAAUCAAAGUACUGCUCUGCUUCAGUUGGCACCUCUCACAAAUUCUAGGUAUGUAAGCACAGUUAGCAAAACUACCUUAUCUCAGGAGACUUAUCUUGUGGUUGUCAUGGGGCCAACUGAGAUGGAGGACCACUCACUUAGCAAGUGUCUUGAUGGUCUACUGAGAGAACCACUUGUAUGCACUUAGGAUUUUACUUGUACAUGUGCUGAGUAACUUCCCUUGCUGUGUUAACUUUGGAUAUGUUAAAUUAUUCUAAGAGUGGUAAUUAUGUAUUUUUUUUAAUCUAAAACUACUUAUAGUCUGCCAUGACCUGUUUGUGUUCUAAUCUGUUGGUAUUUUUCAGUUCUCUAACUGGAACUUAGAAUUUAUCUUAAGUUUUUCCAGAACUUAUGGGAAAGAGAAAAGAGGAAAGUUUUCCAAAACCUGGAUACCAUAAAAGGCCAAGACAAGAAUAUACAGAUGAAUCUGAUGAUGAGCUUGAUGAAGAAGAAUGUUCACAGUUGCAGUCUGACAGUAAUCCAAGUUCUCAGUCGACUUCUGGGGAAGUUGGGAUAAUUGAAAGCAUCCAAUUGAAGAACUUUAUGUGCCAUUCAAUGUUGGGGCCCUUUCGGUUUGGAUCCAAUGUAAACUUUGUGGUUGGAAACAAUGGAAGUGGGAAGAGUGCUGUAUUAACUGCUCUUAUUGUUGGCCUGGGGGGAAAAGCUACCACAACUAACAGAGGAUCUUCUUUGAAAGUAUUUGUGAAAGAUGGACAGACUUCUGCAGAUGUUUCAAUAACAUUAAGAAACCGAGGUAAAGAUGCAUUUAAACCAGAUGUAUAUGGCAGUUCUAUUACUGUGAAUCAACACAUUAACAUGGAUGGAAGUCGUAGUUAUAAACUCAAAAGCAAAACAGGGACAUUAAUUUCUUCUAAGAAAGAAGAACUCACUGCAAUACUUGAUCACUUUAAUAUACAGGUGGAUAAUCCUGUGUCUGUUUUAACGCAAGAAAUGAGCAAGCACUUCUUACAGUCUAAAAAUGAAGGUGACAAAUACAAGUUCUUUAUGAAAGCAACCCAGUUGGAGCAGAUGAAAACUGAUUAUUCAUACAUUAUGGAAACUAAGUCAAGAACUCAUGACCAGAUAGAACAAGGAGUAGGGCUUCUUCAAGAACGUAGGCAGGACUUAGUCGAGAAAGAGGAACGUUACAAAAGUAUUGCGUUCGUGAGUGAAAUGCAAAACAAUCUAGAGGAUUUGAAACACAAAAUGGCUUGGGCAGUGGUGAAUGAAACUGAAAAAGAAAUGAAACCAAUCAAAGUCAGUAUUGAUAAUGAGGAAGGACGUACUGAUAAGCAUGACCAGAAGCUAAAGGAAUGGCAGGUCAAAUUAAAUGAAGCAGAAGAAAAGUACAAGGCAAUCCAAGAUAAGUUAGAGAAGAUAAGUGAAGAAGCACAAGCAUUGCAGCCCCAGUGUGUUUGUUUGAAAGCUGAUGUACAAGCAAAAAGAAAAGCAUACAACGAGGCUGAGGCACGUUAUAAUCGUUCUAGAACAGAAUUAAAGCAACUAGAAAAAGACGAUGAACAGUUAUGGAAACGAAUUGAAGAACUGAAGACUAGCGCUGAUCAAGUUUCAGAGUAUGAAAAGUUGGAAAGACAGAAAAAAAUAGCCCAGUUGAAAGAGCAAUUAAGGAUGGUCCAUGAUCAAGAGAUCAUGCUGGUUCAAGAGAUGGAUCAGUUUCAGCAGGCUAUCUACAAAUGCAAGGAAGAUCAUGGUAGACUUAAGAGAGAAGAAAUUGAUGUGAAACAAGCUUUGGAUUCCAAUCAAAGACUGCUAAAAGAACUGACAGACAGUAAAACAAAUAGAUUGAAAAGAUUUGGACAACAUGUGCCAGUCCUUAUUGAAGCAAUUGAAGAUGCCCAUAGAAAAGGACAUUUUAUACACAAACCUAUUGGACCUCUAGGUGCUUUCAUUUGUCUCAAAGAUGCUGAACUUACUUUGGCUGUUGAAACUUGUUUAAAAAGCCUACUGCAAGCAUUUUGUUGUGAUAAUCAUCGGGAUGAGAGAACACUUCAGACACUGAUGUCAAAGUUUUAUACAUCUGGAUAUCGGCCCCAAAUAAUUGUUAGUAGGUUUCGAAAUGAAGUUUAUGAUGUCAAACACAGGGCAGUUCACCAUCCAGAAUUCCCAUCAGUCCUUACAGCUUUAGAAAUAGAUAAUGCAGUGAUUGCUAAUUGUUUGAUUGACAUGAGGAGUAUAGAAACAAUCCUGCUAAUUAAGAGUAAUCAACAGGCUCGUCUAGUAAUGCAGAAGAACAGGCCUCCAAAAAACUGUAGAGAAGCCUUUACUGCAGAGGGUGAUCAAGUGUUUGAAAGACGUUAUUAUUCAUCUGAUAAUACCAGGCCCAAAUACCUAAGUAAAGAUGUGGAAGCAGAAAUAAGUCACUUGCAGAAAGAAGUUGAAAACAAAAUGUCACAGUUAUCAUCAUCUCAGCAUUGUUUACGUGCCACUGAAAACGAGACAAGACAGAAUGAAGAGUAUCUUAAUCACCAUCGUAGAAAACAAAAAGAAUUGCAGUUCAAAAUAAGAAGACUAAACAUAGAAAUAACUGAUCUUGAGAAUGUAGAAGAACCCCAGUCAGUAGACAUCUCUACAUUAGAAGAUGAAGCUCAAGAGAACAGGCAUAAGAUGGAAUCUGUUAAGCAGGAUAUGCAACAACAAAGGGGAAAAAUGGAAGAAUUGAAAAAUAUUCUACGAGUGGCAGAGCAUAAACUUGAAGAAAUUAAAGAAAAGCUUCACCAAGUAGAAGAAAUAGCUAGUCCAGUUAAGGACGAAUUAAACCAAGCUGACUUAGAAGUGGAAGAGAGUAAACGCCACUGGCAGCACUAUGAAGAGAAACAGAAAAAGCUUUUGGCAUCCAUAAAAAAACUGAAAGAAGAACUAGCUGCCAAGGAAAAAGAAUUAAAGGAAAGGAUUGCACAAGCCACACAAAUCUAUCCUCAACGAAUAGAAGUCAACAGAACUGUCAAGAGUCUUGACACUGAAAUGAAUCGCUUAAGGGACAAGAUAAAUUCAGAAAGAGAUCAUCAUGGAAACAGAGAAGAAAUACUAAAGCAGCUUCUUGAAGCAAGGGAGAAAUAUCAUGAUGCAGAAGGUAAAGUGAAGAAUUUGAAGAAGUUUAUUAAAUUACUGGAUCAAAUAAUGACACAGAGAUACAAAAUGUAUCAACAGUUCAGAAGGUGCCUUACUUUACGAUGCAAGUUCUAUUUUGACUUCUUACUGCGACAGCGAUCUUACUCUGGAAAAAUGAGUUUUGACCACAAGAAUGAAACACUUGCAAUAACAGUCCAGCCUGGAGAUAUAAACAAGGCUGCUCUAAAUGACAUGAGAUCUCUAUCAGGAGGUGAACGUUCCUUCUCAACAGUUUGUUUCAUUCUUUCUCUGUGGUCCAUUGCUGAAUCUCCUUUCAGAUGCUUGGACGAGUUUGAUGUCUUCAUGGACAUGGUUAAUAGAAGAAUUUCAAUGGACAUGAUGCUCAAGAUGGCAGAUUCUCAGCGUCAUCGACAAUUUAUUUUGCUCACGCCUCAGAGCAUGAGUUCCCUUCCUACGAGUAGCCUUAUUCGGAUCCUCCGAAUGCAAGACCCUGAAAGAGGACAAACAACUCUAAAUUUUCAGCAUAGACAUCAAGAAGAGGAAGAAGACUAAAAUUAAUAAAUAUUUUGUCACAUUAAUAUGCUAUUCCUAAUGUUCAGAUUUUUUUAGUAUAAAUGUAUAUAAUUUAUAUGUCUGUAAUAUUAAGGGCUUAUCUGUACAUAUGAUGCAGCAGCAUACAUAGUGGGGGUAGGAUUUCUAAAGCAUACCAACAUGUUGUGCACUAGUUGGUCUGCGUAUACCCUACUGGUACACUAAAAUUUCCCUAAUGCACUUUGCUCCACAGUUCAUUUAGCCAAACAUGUAUUUUCUUAUUUCAGGUUAGGAGAAUUUAAUUAAAAGAUAUUUCUAGUUGGAGGAGAAAGCUCCUUUAUAUUUUUAUAGUGAAACAGUUUUGUAAUACAAAUGUAAAUGACGUGUAUAAUUUUAGUAAAAUUACAAUUCAGUUUAAAAAAAGUUUGGUUCGCUGGAAAAAAUUAAAUGAAAAUGUUCAUUUUGUUAAACUUUCUUCUUUAUCUGCCACAUACUGGAGAUUCAAAGAUGAGAUAUACAUUUUGGGCUUUUCUGAAAAAUUGAAAUAUAUUUUAUAUAUAAUUAUGCUGGAGAAAAAUCAUUUAAAAAUUCUUUUAAAACGGAUAUAAGUAGUAAUGCAUUUAUAGAUAUUUAAAAAUAAAAAGUGUUCAAGUACAUAUAAAUUCUGCUAGGCUUUUAUUUUUCAACACUGUUCAAGAAGAUGUUAAAAUGUAACUCAAUAUGUUCAGUUUUCAAGAUUGGAUUUUGCUUUAUCAAGCAUAGAACCAUGGGGCAUUCAAGCAGUUUCUGUGAUUUGUUUUGAGUAUAUCAGCAGUGUU